AUGUAUACUACACGUCCUUAUAGUUCAGAAACAAUUGAAUUUGAUUUACCUAAAACAAUGUAUUCAGUACAACCUGUAUUACAACAACCAAAACAAUUAACGAAUCUUUCAGAAUUAAAAGAUAUUGAACGACGUCAAGAUGUUUUACUUGAUAAACUUGAACAAUUAUAUAAUCAACUUAUUCUUUAUAAAAAAAAUCAAAAUUCAAUUGAUUUAAAUCUUGUACCUAUUCGUAAAGAAUUAGUUGUUCAUCUUUCAGCUAAACAACCAUCAAAAAAUAUACUUAAUCUUAUUGAAAAAUUUCGUGAUAAUUUAUCAAUUCGAACAUAUCGUCAUUCAUCAUUACGUGAUGUUUCAUUUGAUAAUUAUAUUCAAAAUUUAUCUUCAACAAAUAAUCAAAAUAAAAAACAUUCAUUAGCAAUUAUUUGGGCUGAUGAUGAUGAUAAUCUUCCUUAUAUGUUUCAUUCACAAAUGAAAAUCAACGAUGAACAAUCUAUUGUUAAUUUACUUUCUCAUCAAUUAACAAAGAAUGAUUGA